AUGUCAUCAGGGUUGAACGUGACCUCACAGGCCGCCGUGACAUCACUGACUCUGGACGGUCUUGCGCACCUGUCUGACCACAGGUGGCUCUUCUUCUUCGUGUUGUUGGCGGCCUACCUGUUCGUGCUGUUCAGCGACAGUCUGGUGGUUUACGUCAUCUGUUCUCAGCGGAACCUGCACCGCCCGAUGUUCAUCUUCAUCGCCGCGGUCCUGCUGAACUCUCUGGCAGCGAGCGCGGCGGUUUAUCCCAAGCUGCUGUCGGACCUGGCGUCAGGCCGGCGCUUCACAGAGGUGUCCCACGCGGCGUGUCUGGGCCAGGCCUUCGUCUUGUACUCCCUCGGCGGCUCCAGCUUCGUGCUGCUGGCGGCCAUGUCCUUUGACCGGUACCUGUCCAUCUGCCGCCCGCUGCGCUACGCCGCUCUGGUGUCUCCUGCCGCGGUGGCGGCGCUGCUGCUGCUCUGCUGGCUGCUGCCCACAGGCCUCGUGAGCGGCGCGACGCUUCUGGCCAGCCGCGUGCCACUCUGCCGCGCGCGGCUCAGCAGGGUUUACUGUGACAUAUACAGCUUCGUCAGCCUGGGCUGCGGCGGGGGCGGCGUCGCGGCGAUGCUGCUCCCCGUGUACGGCCUGCUGGUUUCCGUGGCCACGGUCGUCCUGCCGGUCGGCUUCGUGCUCUUCUCCUACGGCAGGAUCCUCCUCGUCUGCCUGCGUGGCUCGCGCUCCUUCAGCAGCAAAGCGCUGCACACCUGUCUGCCGCACCUGCUCGUCUUCCUCAUCUUCUCCCUGAGCACCGGCGUGGAGUUGCUGCAGCGGCGGCUGCACAGCGGGGGCGAGGCCACCGCCGCCUCCACCCUCGCCUGGUUCCUGAUGGUCGCCCCGACCGUGUUCAACCCAGUGAUCUACGGGCUAAGGGUGAAGGAGGUGUUCAGACAUGUGAGGAGGCUGCUGCGCUGUCGCGGGGCCGGUUGA